AUGCCGGUCGGGCGGGGCGGAACUACGGGUAGCACGAGACCCCCGACGGGUAGAGGGAGAGGAGAGCGUGGGGCCGCUGGGCGUGGCGGGGGUGGAGGACGAGGAGCCCGCGGGGGACGGACGAUCGUGGGCGGGGUUGAACUCCCAGUGCGGACGGGGCCCUGGCGGGAGAGGCACGAUAGGCCAGAACUUGAAACUGCUCCAGCGAAUGAGGAGGCAGCAGACUCUGACAACUCCGGGAAUGACCCCGGGUUUAUGGGCGGGGAGGAGGAGGAAUCAGAGGAUGUCUCACUGGAGGAUGAGGAGGGAGAGGGAGCGCCUGCCACCGAGGCGACGGAUGUGCCAUCGCCGGCCGACCUGGCAGACGUCGAAGCCAUCUGGCAGACAGCGGGGGACUGGGACGUGACCCAGAUGCAGCGUGGAGACCAGCCCUUCUUGGUUCGCCGCGUACCCCCUCAGAUCCUGGACAGCUACUGCCUUUGCCUGCUGGCAACACUCCUUCGACUGAAGAAAUUUCCCGACUGCGCGGGUGCCUGGAAGGCUCAAGGGGCAGGCACAGCAUCGUCGACAUUGCCUGAGCAGCGGCCUCCCUCACCACCCCCUGCUCGAACUCGCUCAGCUGCGGGUUCCGCGAGGCAAGGUUCCGCCGCCCAAUCGCGUGGUUCAGCUGCUCCAACACCGUCGCCACGUUCGACAAACAACGCCCUACACCGCGCAUCCGCUGCUCCCACCGGCAAAGGUCGAAGUAGCUCGGCUCCUCUCCCCACUGCCGGCCCCACACGUCCAGGUCCGGCUGCACGCCCCAAGGGGGGUGAGGCCCCCAGUGAGGGUCGGGAUCAGGAGCGGUUGGUGGACGCUCAGGCGAAUCCCAUCCACGCGGGUAAGGGCGACGGGGAGGGGGGAACCGGAAGGCGGUCUGCGGGACGGUUGGCACGAGGGGAUGCUGACGCCGAGGUUGCCGCCACGGGGGUGGCGCCGGCGGAGCAGGGUCUUCAACAAGCGCCUGAGGAGGAGCGACGGGAAGCGCAGCAGGUACAUGAGGCGCCGUCUGGGGCGGCGCGGACUCGAUCGGCGGCGGCACCGGCUGCGCUGGGGUUUCCGCCGAGGCCGGCGUUGACGGCUGCGGCAGCAAGGGCACAGGCGCAGAGGCAGUUGACUGCGCCAACGGCUGAAGGGCCGUCCCCGACGCUGACGAAGUCUGCUGCAGCGACGUCACAGGCUGGGACAUUGGGGGCGGGAGCUGCAGUGGCUGGGACUGCGCAGCCUGGUUGGGAGGGGACUGACCCAGUGGUCGGACCGCUGGCGGCCCAUACUGGCGCUGGGGACGAGGAGGGCGGCGGCGGCGGAAGGAUUGCCCGCGAGGCCGUAGUUGGGGAGGUGCCCGUCCCCGAGAAAACCGGAACAUCGGCAGGCGAGGAGCCGGUGAGGGAGGAGGAGGCUGGGCGACAGCGCCGCCAACCCCGGCCGCAACUACAUCCGCGGCGGCUCGGAGAAGGGCUGGGACUUGCCCACCCUGGACCCCUUGCGGGAUGGGAGAGGCAAGAGGACUUGCCGGACGGUCCGGCUGAGGAGGAGGUCGCCGCUUGCCUGUCAUCCGGCCGGCCGGUGAACGCGGCGGAGGAAACCCGCAAGGAGGAUGCCGACCUGGCGGAGGGAGCGGACCAGGAGGAGGAAGUGCUACGCCGGGCGGAGGCAGAACGCAGGCGGAGGACUGGAACGAGCCGUCAGCGAACACUGCAGGACCAGGCCGACGAUCGCGCGGCAGGCCUACAGCCGUCAAACGCGGCGCCGAGGGCGGCGGGUAGAGGCAGGGGGAGAGGGCAGACCAGGGGGAGAGGUAGUCGAGAUCUGGCGGGAGCUGUGGCGAGGGAGAAAGCCAGAUCUGGUUUCUGGCGGGAACGACAUGGGAGGCCAGAGGAACAGGGUGAGGAGCCAAUGAAUGAAGAAGAGAGGGAGGAAGGGUCAGACUAUAUGGCAUCACAGGAGGCGGAAUCAGAAGAUACCCCGCUGGAGGCCGAACGGGGGGUGCCCAUCCCAGCCACAGAGAGGGGACAGGGCUCUGGACAGGGACGGAGAGAGGAGGGUGCUGACGUGGGGGAAUCCGCACCGCAGCAGCCCAUCGCGGGCGCCAACGUGGCGGCCAGCAAGGAGCGAAGUCCCUCUGCCAUCGUGGACGACGAGGGCACGUGGCGAAUCUUGCAAUUCCUCCCGAGGCUGACACUUCGGGCGAACCUCGAGAAAACCCCCGGGAAUCGGUGGGCAGGUGUGGAGAAACGACUUGCUGCUGCAAGGAGCCGACACACAGGUCCACCCUCUCCAACGAGUGGCGGCGCUGCUGUCGCCACACGAGGAGGGAGGGGCGAGUGGGGGGAGGACGACCUUGCAAGAUCUGCGAAACAGGCUCCCCGAACCAGCGCGUGA